AUGUCAGGCGGCAAAGGCAUCCAAACACUACCAGACGGUACCCCAGCUCCUCCACGUCCUUCACGAAAGCCUUUCAUCAUGUUCGCAAUCGCCGUGUUCGGCUUACCAUAUCUCAUGAGCAAACUCAUCCGCUCGAUGGCCGCCAGCCAGGAAGAAGCAGCACGCAAGCAGCAGGAGCAAGGCCUCAUGUAUACGAAUCAGAAUGGCGAGCAGGUUGCACUCGACCCAAAAAAGCUCGAGUUCUGCAGGGUACUAUACGACUAUACUCCAUCCAGCCAGUCCGGAGGGAUGGAUCUUCAGGUCCGAAAAGGCGAUUUGGUAGCCAUAUUGUCCAAGAGUGAUCCCAUGGGCAACGCUUCAGACUGGUGGCGAUGUCGAUCCCGAGAUGGCAAAGUUGGGUAUCUUCCUGGUCCUUAUUUACAGCCUGUCCAAAGGCCUGUACAGAGGCAGCAACAAGCGAUAACAACCGGAAGUGAGACUGCCAGUGCACCCGGAAGCCGGACGACGACCCUGAAGGGAAGCAAUGACCUUGGCGAGCGGACGAAGAGUUUGACUUCUGUGCCCGCCCCGCCCGAGAUCAAGGGCAGACCAAACGAUAUCACGGCGGAGGGAUUCCAGAGGAGUGCCUUUUAUUCUUGA